AUUUGCGACGAUUUGCCAAAUCGGGAACUGUAAUGACAGAUUGUUGGCCACUUUAGUGCGAAGUAACCUGUAGAAUGGGGGAUGGGGGCCAACAUGCAUUUUACCCUGGGGCAGGGCUAAACUGCAACACGCCACCACUAAAAUGCAAACAACCAAACCACCGCUAACCACCUCCAACCACACACAAUGAGUGAAGGCGACGGCUACGGCAGUAGCUACAACGACGGACGCCCGAACGAGUACGACGACUACUACUACAGCUCGUCCUACCAAGGUAGUGGCUACAGAGGACGCGGACGUGGCGGUGGCUACAGAGGAAGAGGUUCCAGUUACUACGACAGCUACAGCUCUUCUAGUUCCAGAGGAGGCAAAUACUACGGGCGCUACGGCUCAUACUACCAGGGUGGUGGGAGUAGUGGCCGUGGAGGUCGUGGCGGCAGCAGCGGGUCCAGCUACACCCACGACACAUACGAAGGCGAACCACAUGGCGAAGAGCCAGUCCCACACGAAGGCCACGACACCUACCGAGGCUCAGGAUACAAAGGAUCAAACUUCAGGGAGGACUACCGUGGAUCGUACCGCGGGUCAUAUCGUGGCAGAGGAAACUACCAUCUGCAGCCCCACUAUAGCAAAGAGACCCUGAACCAGAACGACGGCACCACCACGCCAAAGGCAGCCAGAGAAACGGUCAAGCCAGUGGCUAAAGCACACAACAACCCUUGGAUUGACACCCUUGGCAUCAAGGACCUGGCUACGAUCGACACCUUAGAGGCGAGGUACAACGAGCUUCAGGCCACCAACAAGGACAUCAUCGAGCUCCAGCAGGCCAAGUUGAAGUUGGAACGGUCGGUGGCCACCUUGGAGAACCAGGCUUCGCGGGAGGAGCUCCAUGUCCAGUUGACCACCGAGAAGUUGGACGAGUUCACCUAUAUGUAGUGUAUUAUAUGUAUAUUAGCUAGCGGAGCUAGCAAUGGAUAACCGAACGGAGCAGGAUGUAAGCGGAGAGUAAAAUCAUUGGCAUAGGGUUUUAUAGCAGAUCAUCAGGGGAAUAGUGAGACUGAAGAUGUAACACGUACAAUAUUUCAGGUACUCCAUCUAGGUGCGUGCUGACCAUUAUUGUACUAAAUUAUAGAGAAGACACGGACAGUUAUGAAUAACUGGCUCUUUAAUCUAGGGGAGUCAGGUUUUCUUGUAAUCAUCCAGGAGAGACCAUAUAGUUAUAACUUGCAAAGCGACUUUAAUUUUAAAAUUAGAAUAGUUCAUUAUUUUCCCCUUGCUACUCCUCUGGUUUCAUGUAGUUAAAAUUAAUUAAUGAACCGAUCUACAAAUUU